GGUCCAAAUUUCGACCAACUUAAACGCAGAACUAGCGAUUUUGAGUUUUCAGUCGCUGAUAUCGAAUCAGCCUACGUCGAAAGAUCGCUGAAAUGAUGCGUAGCUUUGUAAACAUGUUUACUUCGCACCUAUGCAGUGUUUAUGCAAUGUGAUCUGUGUGCAUGGAGACCGUAGGCACUAGGCAGUACAAGGGAGUGUGACACAAUUUUACAGAAACACAUCUUGAUUUAAUAUGCAAUAUGGACAUUAAUAAGUGCAAACAACCAUUUCUGCAGUAAAAUGAGGGAGUACGUGAGGUAUCAAGCUACUGCAUCAAGGGAUCCCAUUUGGACGAGAGUAUCAGACGACCCUCAACGCGAACAGUUGUCAGAUGGUAACCGAAACCGCAAGAAUACACCCUCAGAGGAUAGAUAUGGCUCAACAGGUGUAUCAGAUGGUGCAAAGAAAGGCCUUACGGUGCUUUCAACUGCGAUUUUUAUUGCUGGGGAAAUGGCUGGCAGUGGAGUCUUAGCAUUGCCAAGAGCUGUUGUGGAUUCAGGAUGGAUUGGCCCCAUACUUGUCAUAAUAUUCUGCAUUAAUUCUGCAUAUGGUGGUGCUCGCCUUGGAGAUUGUUGGGCAAUUUUAGAAGAAAGGUAUCCAGAGUACAGAACACCUGUCAGGAAUCCCUAUGCUACUAUUGCUUACAGAGCUGUUGGCCGGAAGACAAGCUUGCUGGUAUCAGGAUGCAUACAGUUCACCCUUUUUGGUGCUGGUACAGUAUACUUGUUACUUGCAUCACAAAUGGUGCAGGAACUGCUGGAAGAUUUUGUAACAAGCAUCAACUUCUGUGUCUGGUUCCUGGUUAUUUGCAUCAUACUAACUCCAGCGAUGUGGUUGGAAUCGCCAAAAGAUUUUAGCAUUGUAGGUGUUGGUGCUCUGCUUACCACAGCAUUUGCAUGUGUCUUCAUCUUCUCUCAGAUAGUAAUAGAGGGAAUGGAUAAUAAAUAUCCAGUGCUCCACAAACCUCAUAGUUUCCACAGGUUUUUCCUUGCGUUUGGCACAAUUUUGUUUUCAUUUGGUGGAGCAUCAACAUUUCCUACUAUUCAAAAUGACAUGAUAAAUAAAAGCAAAUUUUCCACGAGCAUUGUAGUUGGUUUUUCUGUGAUUUUGAUGCUGUACUUUCCUGUGGCACUUGCUGGAUAUAUUGUUUAUGGUGAUCUUGUCAGCGCUAAUAUCACUCUGUCUGUCAACAAGUCCUAUCUGAUCAUAUGUGCAAAUAUCCUUAUGGGUAUCCAUUUGAUAUUGGCGUUUCUCAUUGUUAUCAAUCCUGUGUGUCAAGAGCUGGAGGAAGCAUUCCAGGUACCUCAUAAAUACAAUUGGAAACGGUGUUUAUUGCGGAGCAUCAUGAUGCUGACAAUGCUUUUUAUUGGAGAAAGCAUACCAAAAUUUGGAAAGAUCUUAUCUCUUGUGGGAGGUUCAACUAUAACGCUAAUGACAUUUGUUUUCCCAUCAUUCUUUUAUAUGAAGCUUUGUGACCAAAAAUCAGUGGAAUGGACUGAAAGGUAUAUCCCGAUACAUCAUCGUAUUUAUAUGUGGGAGCUAAUUCUCAUAGGAGUGCUAGGUGGAGCUGCUGCCACAUACAGUGCCAUCGUGGACAUAUUUGGGGCAGGUUCUAUGACAAAACCAUGCUAUGUUUCUUGGAAACAUUAAUGUUUGAGUGUUGAAUAUCUGGAUGUCUGUUGUGAAAAGAAUACAACAAAGCUUAUUAAGAAUUUACUAUUACUCAGUUAAAAAUAUAUUUAUUUGUUAGAGGAAAUUUCUGCAAUUUUUCCCCAAAGAGUGAGUUUAGUGCAGCUUUUUGUCAUAUGCAACAGUGUUUUCUGUGAUUGAGCUUAUAGUUAUGGAAGUUUGUUCAUGAAUUUUGGUAUCUCUCAUGGCUUUAAAGAAUGAUAAUGAAAAUGUUUUGUAAUUUGUUGUGUUACUGAUGAGUGUUGUAACACUGACUGGCUUGUUAUGAAAAUGUUGUGUUAUAAAAAAUGUAAAUACUAUCUUUUCCUGUUAAUUCAGAAGCCAAAAUUGAAAGUUUUGUAUCUGAAGUUACAUUGUGCAUUCCACAGGCUGUGAUCUGUUGCUACUAUGUGCCUGAGUAAGGCUGUGUAUUUUGCGUAGAAUUCCACGAUUUUAGUAGAUUUCUUUCUGCUAAGGAAGGGAGGAAUUUAAUGCCGUAUUUCUGACAAUUAACCAAAAAUUAAACCUCAUUGAAGAAAAUAUAUUUAAGUUUAUUCUUACUGUAUUGCAUGCAACUGUAUGUUAUUUGUCAUAAAAGACACAAGCAUCUUUCCAGGUAUGGAAGGUAAGAAAUAAAAAAUGUUUAACCAUACAUCAUUUGAUAGUAUUUAUUGAAUUUAUAAUGAAAAUGUCAUACAUAAGAUUUGUCUAUGCACAUAAUUUAUAAAUGGCAUUGACAAGAUGUGUGGUCUAUAUGUAGAAUUUGCUGAACAUGAUUGGAAGUAUUGUCAGUUUUGGAACUAACUGAUUCUUUCUCAUAUAUGAGAAAAUGAUACAACCAAAUACAAAUUUGGUGGCUUUGCAAGCAUGUUCUCUUUUGAGCAGUGACUUAAUAUACAACGAGAAAUAAUUUAUCUUUCAUAAAAUUAUACAUUUCAUGUCAAUGUCUACUUUUUGAAACAGGAAACAAAAAUUUAUGAAGUGUGUUAAUUUUUAAGCCCAACGAAAAUGUACAUAAAUUAUUAUAACCGGUGAUCUGAAAAGUCAUUAUCAACUACCUCUUCAUGUAUGUGAUUUGCAUUUUUAUAAUUUAUUUACUGUGCAUGCAAGAGUGUAUUUAAGUGCACAAUUUUACUGUAUUGCUACAUUUUAUACACAACUGUCAGUAACUAAAUGUAGACUAUUUUUGUAAUAAUGCAGCUUACACUUGAACAGUAACUAAAAAGUAUUGUUUAAGGUGAAAUUGUGAUCAUUAUUUGUAUUGUUUUAAUAUAUUUAAAUUGGUGUUUUAUACCUGCUUGA